UAAUAUAGACCCAAAUAUAUAUAUAUAUAAAUAUAUAUAUAUACACACAUAUAUAUACACAUAUACACACACAUAUAUAUAUACGCUCACACUUAUACUGAGGUGUGUGUGGUGUAACUGAAGCAAUAUUUGGAGAUUUUUGUCUGAACUAAGUCAGCAGUUAUUGUUUUACUAGUGAAGUAAACGCUCUCAUUCUCUCUUGUAUCACCUUGAUUUUUUUUUUCCUUUCCCCACCAACACCUUGGAAUUUUUUUAAAAUUUUUCGGUUUUUAAUUUGUUUUUUUUUUCCAACUUGUGAACCCUGGCUCGCACGCUUUAACCAUUCUUCGACAACAAUCGGCUUUUUACUUACUUUACGCCAUGGCAAAACUAGAACUAUUAACAAUGAAGAUAUUCAUCUUUGGAGUACUUGUCUCCAUGUUUGCAGCCGCAAAAGCUGAUGAAAAACUAUUAAUAAGGUCUCAUCCGAUGACAGUGAAAGAAGGACAGUCUUUCAAAUUAGUCUGUGACUUACACAUUGAAUCCAUGUCAAACCUCCUAAAAAAUGCUUUGGUUUGGAAACAUAACAAUGAAAAGCUGACCUUCAAUGAAAGAGUUGAAGGAGAAUUCAAUGAAACCUACAAAGUGAACACCACUAUUGCUAUAAAACCUACAGUUUAUACUUCAGAACUGGAAAUUUUAAAAGUGUCUCCUUCAAACGAUGGGAACUAUACAUGCGAAUCACAUAAAAAAGUUUCCAAUAACUUCCAGGUUUUUAACAAAGCAGUAACAGACAUUGUUGUUCUACAGGAUAUUGGUGAGCUUGUGUUAACAGUUGGUACAACAGAAAUCACUGCCAAAAAUUCAGGAAAGAGUGUAAAUAUUCCUGAGACAGGUCAGAAAUUUGUUUGUAGAACAAGAGGCAGCAACCCCAAACCAAUAAUUCAUUUUUAUUUGGAUGGUAAGGAUAUGAAAAAUGAGUGGGAACCGGCAGACAUAUCCAGCUAUGUUAGAGUUACAUCUGGUGCCAAAAGUGGUGUAAGAUCUCACUCCAGCGAGCUGGUAGCUGAAGGUAAAGUUCUCAUCAAGAAAUCCAACAAAGUUAGAAGUCUGUCCUGUACAGCUGAAAUGGAGGGAAGUGCCUUUAAAGUGAAAACUGUUACUGCCAAUAUUUCUUUUGCUUUUGAUCCACAAUUCACUUGUAAAAACAAAUCAGCAAUCCUAAAUGAUCGUUAUGUAACAUUAGAAUGUGAAGUCGAGGCCAAUCCACCAAUCACAAAGCAUGCUUGGAGAUAUGGAGAUGUUUCAGUGUUAGAACCAAAUAAUGAAACUGUUGAAUAUACUCAAUCAGAAGAGGUUGUAGACGGUGUGCACAGAGUUACACUGACAAUUGAUAAAGUUUUGAAACGCCAUUUCAACACAACUUUCUUCCUAGAAGUUGAAACUGAAGAUAAUAAAGUUCACACUCACCCUGUAAGGUUAACUGAAAAACAAUGGUCUUCUGCUUCGAGUAGGCAAUAUCAAGAAUUCCUUUUCACAGCACUGCUAACUUUAACUGCUAAGAUUCUGACCAACUGAUUUGUAGGUGCUUAAAACAAGGGAAUGGCUGGGUUUUAGCAGAUGAAUUAAGGACCAAAGUGAAAACAAAAAACAGUCGAGUGAAUGAAUAUGUCUGAGUGUAUAUAAAGUAAAAAAAAAAUUUAAUAAAAAAUUCAAACAAACAACUAAAAAAAAAACUACUGUGCAGGAUGAAUUGGCUGCAGUGAGAAU